AACGUCUAUGUAUUGGUUCACUAAAACUACAUAGUAUAAGCUUUUUGAUACAUAUAUUAUCUUGAAGCUUUGUCAUGUCGUACGAGAAAGAGCUAGCCGCUGCAAAGAAAGCUGUUGCUCUAGCUGCUCGUCUCAGCCGAGGAGUACAAAAGACUCUGAUGCAAUCAGAAGUAUGGACAAAAUCUAACAAAACUCCUGUCACUGCAGCUGAUUAUGGAUCACAAGCUGUUGUUAGUAUUGUAUUAGAGAGGGAGCUCAAACCUGUAACCUUGUCACUAGUAGCAGAAGAGGUGGAUACUGGAGAUCUGCGGAAGAAGGGAAGUGAGGUGUUUCUAGAAGGCAUAACAAAGCUUGUGAGAGAUACACUAGCUUCUGAUGAAUCAUACGCGGACUCUCCUAUAACCAAAGAGGAUGUGUUGAAUGCUAUAGACUGUGGUAAAUCACAAGGAGGUAGCACUGGUUGCCACUGGGUUCUUGAUCCUAUUGAUGGAACCAGAGGAUUUGUAAGAGGAGAGCAAUACGCUGUGGGAUUAGCCUUGCUUGUGGAAGGCAAAGUGGUGGUCGGCGUUAUGGCUUGUCCUAAUCUUCAUUUGUCUUCUGCGGUUGUUGAGAAAGACGACAAGUCUUGCCAGGAUAAUGUUGGAUGUCUUUUCUUUGCUACAACUGGUUCAGGAGCUUAUGUGCAACCGCUCAAUGGCAAUUCUCCACCACAGGAGGUGAGAGUGAGUAGCAAUGAGAAUCUUGAAGAAGCAAAGUUCUUAGAGUCAUACCAUAUGCCAAUUCCCCUCCAUAGUUCCAUUGCUAAGAAACUUGGGAUCACGGCGUUACCUGUAAGGAUCGAUAGCCAAGCAAAGUAUGCAGCUGUGUCCAGAGGAGAUGCGGAGAUGUACUUGCGCUUCACUCUUGCUGGAUACCGUGAGUGGAUAUGGGACCAUGCAGCUGGUUCAAUCAUCACAACAGAAGCUGGAGGCGUCGUUUGCGAUGCUGAAGGGACACCUCUGGACUUCUCAAAAGGAAAACGUCUUGAUCACAACAGAGGGAUCAUAGUUACCACCAAGAAACUCAAGCCAUUGAUUUUGAAAGCUGUUAGAGAAUCCAUGGAAGAGGAGAAUCUUCGUGUCUGAGACUGAGACACAACUGAGAAUCUACUGUAUUUGUAUGUGUAUUUGUCUGAACUGGUAACUGGUGUGUGUCAGUGUGUGUAUUAUUGCCUAGUGUCUGAACUGGUAACUGGUGUGUGUCAGUGUGUGUAUUAUUGCCUAGUGUCUGAACUGGUAACUGGUGUGUGUCAGUGUGUGUAUUAUUGCCUAGUGUCUGAACUGGUAACUGGUGUGUGUCAGUGUGUGUAUUAUUGCCUAGUUCGUGGUUGCCACCGGUAACCUUCAAAUGAGAAAUCGGAUCUAUCCAUUAGUC